AUGCGUUCCGUGAUCGUUGUUCCUGUCUCUCUCGCACUCUUGCAGAGCGCUUCAGCAUCCCCUCUCCCCUACACUACCGUUCCCUUUAACAGGAAUCCAACAAACCAAGGCCAAGACUAUACUUAUAAAACCAUCCCGGUCGACAGUCACACUCAUGACUACAACUACACGCCAGAUAUGAUUGAAGCAAUGCCUAUCCCCGUCAGGAAUGACAACGGAUUUUCUCGUGAUUCUUAUGACGCAUUGAAGAACGACUUGCCCGGUCAAUACCCUGGGACGGCUGGUCAGAUGCCCGCUCCUAUUAGCAACGACUUUCCGCGCGACUAUCCUCUCAAUUCUACCUACGGAAAUGGAAACAACUCUCCUGGACCCGAUCGUACCUUCGGCUACCCCACUUCAUCUGACAGCGGUGUUUCAGUCCCUAUGACUGAUGGAUGGCGUGCAAAUACACCUCCCCAUGGAUUUGGGCCGAUGGUUCAAAAAGAAAAGAAAGGAGUACAUAUUUCUAUCUGA